UAGCCUGUGUAUAAGGUGCAGCCUCCCACAACAUCAGACAUCUAGUAAAGCAGAGAGGAUCCUACUACAGCAACAAUGCUGCUUCUACUGUGUCUGCUGCUUCCUCUGGGACACACUUCAGCUCAGGUGGUGGAGGAAAUUGUGAAGCCAAAAUAUGUCCAACAGUUGGGAGGUUGGAGGAACUUGCCGGUCAAUUUGGAGAAAGUCAAGGCCCUGGCCCAAUUUGCAGAGAAAAAUUACAAUCAAGAAAGCGACAACAACUAUUGGUUCCACGCCAAAGAGGUGCUCGGUGCCAGCAUGCAGGUUGUUAAUGGAAUCAAUUUUAGCCUGGAUCUGAUUAUGGAGAAAACUGGUUGUCUGAAAGAGGAGAAACCUGAAAAUGAGGAAUGUUCCCUCCCCAGCGAUUCAGAUGAAAUGAUGGAAAAAUGUCAGUUUUUAAUCUUGGAAAAAUCAUGGAGGAAUCAAAUAUCCGUUAAUGGGAAGAAAUGUGAACCGUACACCGCGUGAUAUAAAUAUCUCUUGCGUUUCCUUUGUUUUUAGUUGCAUAAAUCUCCCUUUUAUUUUAUUCUUCCAUUCUUAUUCUUAAGGCUUUUUGACUUUAAAUGCUCAGACAUUAAACUGUUCUUAAAUCCA